AUGGAUCAGGAGGUGUUCAAGAGAGCUGACCUUGAAGCCUUCUUCAAAGCUCUUAAGGAGUCUGGUAACACCCUCGGAAACACCCUUGAAUACUCAUAUGCUGCUCAUACAUUGCCUAGUAAUACUGAUAAAUUACUAGACAUUUUUAAAAGCGCUUACACUACUGCUAGUGAGCCUAGUAAUACUGAUAAGUUACUAGACAUGUUUAAAAGCGCCUACACUACUGCUAGUGAGCCUAAUAUAACUAGUAAGAUUGAUAAUAACCUGAUUAAAGACAUAGAACCGGCUCAUGGAGAUAGAAUUCCUAUUAGAGGAAUUGAUGCACCAGUGAUUUUCAAUGCAAUGUUAUCUUUAGUCCUGAUGAUGUUAAGUUUCAGGAUAUUAAAAGCAGCUGUGGAACAUCUUUUCCAAGAUGUGUGCUCCUUUGCUGAGUUUCCGGAAGAGCAUUACUCCUCUAUGAGUGAGUUUCCUAAGGGGAAGAGAGCUGUGUCAUGCAAGUGGAUUUUCACCAUCAAGUACUUACCUAAUGGGAAGAUUGAUAGGCGUAAGACAAGGCUGGUAGCAAGAGGUUUCACACAAACCUAUGGAGAGGAUUACAUUGAUACUUUUCCACCUGUUGCAAAGCUUCAUGCCAUUAGGAUUGUACUAUCAGUUGCAACCAACCUUGGGUGGGAUCUUUGGCAAAUGAAUGUGAAGAAUGCUUUCCUCCAAGGAGAGCUAAAAGAUGAAGUCUAUAUGCUACCACCUCCGGGUCUUGAAGGAAUGGUGAAGCCAGGAAUGUUCUUAGACUGA